AUGGUGAAGAAGCCCAACGGCGUUGCCAAGGCCACAGCGACCUCUGCCGACGCGGCAGCCCGGCCAUCCAAGGCGAAUCCGUCCACCCCUGGGUCGGUCAAGGGCACGAAGUUUAAGAAGCUGAAGGUCAAGGCCAAGGCCAACCGCGAGAAGCCAGCGGUCACUGCCGCAGCUGUUGGCAAGGUCGCCCCGGUAGGCGCAGGCACUGGUGAUGGCGAUGCAUCUGCAUCGGCGGUUUUACUGCAGCCAUCCAAUGUUGCUGAGGCAUCACCUGUGGUGCAAAAGCAGCCAUCCAAUGUUGCUGCUGAGGCAUCACCUGUGGUGCAAACGCAGCCAUCCAAUGUUGCUGAUGCAUCACCUGUGGUGCAAACGCCAAAGUCAGCCACUUUUGCUGAGGCAUCACCUGUGGCACAGACGCAGAAGCCAGCCACUGAUGCUGAAGGAUCAGUGCCUGCACCAAUGCCAGCCACUGCUGAAGCAUCAGCUUUGUCGCCAAAGCCAAAGCCAAAGCCAAAGCCAAAACCAGCUCAUGCUAAUGCUAAUGCUGAUGCUGCAGCGGCAAUUUCUGCCAGCAAGGGCAAGGGCGAGGGCGAGGGCGAGGUUGCUGAUAAUAGCGGGGGUGAUGGCAGGAUGAAGAGCAGAAGAAGGAGGUCUAGGAGUGGCAAGGGGAAGGAGGUUGUGGAGGAUGGAGGAAGUAAGGGAAACGAGAAGGGGAAGAAGUCUGUGGGCAAGAAGGAAGAAAGGGGUGGCCGUAAGGUUGCAGGGUUUAUAUUCAUGUGCAAUGCAAAGACUAAGAAGGAGUGCUACCAGAACCGCUUGUUCGGGAUGCCCAGUGGGAAGAUUGAAAUGGUCAAGAAGAUAAGGCCAGGGGUGAAGCUGUUCCUGUAUGAUUUUGACUUGAAGCUUCUGUAUGGUGUGUACAAGGCAGCAUCACACGGUGGGCUGAACCUUGUCCAUGAAGCAUUUAAUGGCAAGUUCCCUGCACAGGUUAAGUUUAAGAUUGAUAAAGAUUGCCGUCCUCUCCCUGAGAGUAGUCUCAAGCAAGCUAUCAAGGAAAAUUACAGUGCAAGGAGCAAAUUUGACCCAGAGCUCACCGCAAGACAAGUCCAAAGGUUGCUUUUGCUGUUUAAGCCUGUUAGUGCACCACAAUCUGUUCCAAAUAAUCAUCUUGAAGAAAGGCGUCACUAUGAAGAACGAAGGAAGCCAUAUCAUCAUUUUGAAGAAAGGUUGCCUAUUGAAGAAGUGCGUCAGCAACGGUUUGAUGAGGAAAGGCGCCCUGCAGUUAGACAUGUUCCUCUUGAGGAUCCAUAUAGGGCACCACGCUUUGCUCCAGUUCAAGGUGAUCACCACAUAUAUUAUCAACCACCAGCACUUGCGCCUGAGCCUCGGCACAUUCCUCUUGUUCUAGAGCCUCGCUAUGUUCCGCUGGCCCUAGAUCAUCACCAUGGGCCUACUGUGCCAGAGCUUCGACAUGUCCCCGCUGCAUAUUAUCGCACUUUGGCUCCAUCGGGUGAUUCAUACUAUCAGUCUGUUGAGAAUCUGGUGCCUGAGCGAUAUGCAGACAGAACUGUGGCUAAUGUAACCACUAGAGAUCCAAUCAUUAGGGACCACACAGCACUGCCAGGGGAGGCAUCUGCUCGAGCAGACCGCUUGGAUGAUCUCUACCGGACUCGUGGUGCUCAUGUGGAGGAGCUGUACCGUCCAGGGGAAAUUGCUGCUCAUGCUGAUCGUGUGGGGAUCACCACUAGAGCUGAUCGUGUGGAGGAACUCUACCGUUCUGAUCGACUUGUUAACCGUGCUGUGGAUCCCCCUCAUUCAGCCUACCUUACAGCUGCUUAUGACACUAACCCUGCUUAUGCUGAAACGAGCAUCAGGCCUGUCUCUGCAAGGGUUAGUGGACCCGGUGUGCCGGUUACGUCACACUAUUCCUUCACUGGUGGUCCAGUAUAUCGGUGA